AUGACCAUCAGCGGCAAGCCCGUGGUUUGGAGGGCCGUGCGAAGUGAGGAUGGCAACUGCUUGCCGAGGCCACGCGGAAGCAGUAGCAACGGCAGGGGGGGGGAUAGUACAGUGGACACAAAGGCCGUUUCUCCUUUAUCAGAUUCACUGAUUCGGGCCAGACGAGCCAAACCAGGACCCUUUCCUGGUGAAGAGGAGAUCGGAGCGGAGAGAGGGGAGGGAUUUGCCACUUUCCGGCCGAAAGGAGCUCUGCAAGUUGACGUGGAUUUCCUCAAUGAUCGCAUGAGGAAGAGAGGGGUGGACAGGAUACGUCUUGCCAUGCGACCAGACGAGGCAUUCGGACUAGUGUACUCCUGGGACAAUGUCAUUGCCAACACACGUGAUCUGAGAUUCGAGGCUUGGAAGCAGCUGGCAGAGGAAGUAGGAAAGCCUCUGCCUGGCUCUCCUUCCUCACUCCGCCAGCUCUCAACGGCCUCCCCCGCCCACUGCAUCAAAUCAGUGCUCUUCUGGGCAUCAGACGUCCCCACCAUUGCGUCACUCAAAGACAGACUCUCUGAGCUCUACUGCCGCCAGCUCUCCAAGGUGCGAGCGCCACUGGAAGGCGUGCAGGAGUGGCUGGAUGCACUGCAGAAGGCGGGAGUGCCGUGUGCUGUGGCCACCUCCAUUGACCGCCUCACGCUUCUCUCUGCCCUCGACCGCAUGAAGCUGCUGCACCACUUCCAGGCGUUUGUGACAGCAGAGGAUGGCAUGGAGUCGAUGGCUCAUCGGUUCCUCUCGGCUGCUGUCAAGCUGGACCGAGCGCCAGCCAAGUGUGUGGUGUUUGAGGAUGACCCGAGGGGAAUCACAGCAGCACACAACUGCAGCAUGAAGGCAGUGGCUCUCAUUGGCACACACCCUGCCUAUGAGUUGAAGCAGGCGGACCUGGCAGUGUCCAGCUACGCAGAGCUAUCGGUGAUAAAUCUGCGGAGAUUAUUUGCAAACAGAGGGCAUGGAAUAGAGCACAUGGAACUGAAGAAGCAGCGGGAGGAGCAAGGGCCAAAGAAACGGCGCUGGCACACUGACACCCUCUACUGA